AUGGGCAGCCAGCACGUCUCUGUAGAGUAUUUGUCUGCCGGCGCCAACAGGCAAACCGCGGUCGCGGACUGGAGCCGGAGCGGCUUGCUGGCCUUUGGCGCAGACACCAAUAUCGCCCUGUGGGCACCAAAGGAAGAUAAACAACGGGGGAUUUUAGUAUUAUUACGAGGGCAUGGGGAUGUUGUCAAGGCGGUAACAUUUCUACCAGAAGAAGAUGGCGACCAGGCAAGCUAUCUCGUCAGUGGCGCCAACGACAAGUCUCUCAUUAUCUGGAAAUCGACGCCAAAUCAGACGAAAUUUGGGAUAUUGCACACGUCACAUGACCACGCCGGAGCCAUAAACUGCAUUGCGGCGAUCCGCCUCGCGAGCGAUCCAGCAAGGUGGCUCGUCGCAAGCGGUGCUGCCGACGCCACCAUUCACAUAUGGAGUUUUGCGUCGGACAAGCUCGAGCUACUCCAAAGUGUCAAAACGACGCCCAAGUUCUUCCCCCUCGCCUUGUCUCUAAGCUGGCUCGGCGAUGAUCGCGACGCGCUUGUCCUGGCCGCGGCCGGCACCAAGGACACCAUCCAGAUCCUCACCGCGGAGACAGCCGCGGACCCCAUCCAGUUCCAAUCGCAGGCAAGCUUGCGGGGCCACGAGGGCUGGAUCCGGUCGCUGAGUUUCGCCCGCGAGAGCAGCCGACCAGGGAGCGACCUGCUGCUCGCCUCCGCCAGCCAGGACAAGUACGUGCGCAUUUGGCGGUUCCACCAGGGCCGAGAGCUGCCCGCGGCCACUGCAGACGGCGCCGACCCCUCGGGCGGCGCCUACAUGCCCGGCAAGUCGCCCUCGAACAAGGCGCACUGGAUCAAGGCGGCGGGGAGCAAGGACUUCUCCGUCACCUUUGAGGCGCUCCUCCUGGGCCACGAGGACUGGAUCUACAGCGCGCGGUGGAACGCCAGCGCCGACGGGACGCUCCGGCUGCUGUCGACGUCGGCGGACAACUCGCUCGCCAUCUGGGAGGCGGACUCGACGUCGGGCAUCUGGGUGAGCACGGUGCGGCUGGGCGAGAUCAGCCGCGAGAAGGGCGCGACGACGGCGACGGGCAGCACCGGCGGCUUCUGGACGGGCCUGUGGUCGCCCGACGGCCGCUCGGUCGCGUGCCUCGGCCGCACGGGUAGCUGGCGUCGCUGGGAGCGGAGCGACGACCCGGACGACGACGUGUGGCGGCCGUGCGUGGCCGUCUCGGGGCACACAAAGGCCGUCACGGGCAUCGCGUGGUCCCGCGACGGCGCGUACCUGCUCUCGACCAGCCUGGACCAGACGACGAGGCUGCACGCCCGGUGGACUGCAGGUGGUGGUGCGGCCGGUACAUGGCAUGAGAUGUCGAGGCCGCAGAUCCACGGCUACGACCUCAACUGCAUCGACUCCAUCAGCGCGACGCAGUUCGUCUCCGGUGCCGACGAGAAGCUGAUGCGCGUCUUCAGCGAGCCGCGCGCCGUCGCCGCGCUGCUGCAUCGACUCGGCGGCAUCGGUAGCGCCGAGGACGGAGCGGCCGCCAUGCCAGACGCCGCCAGCAUGCCCGUCCUCGGCCUCUCCAACAAGGCCGUCGACGCCGUGGAUGACGCCGCUGAGGCCCAGCCCAUCGACGACCGCGACCGCGAGGCCAUGGACCCCGCAUCCAUUGUCAAGAAGUCGCAGCUCGACCCCGCCGCCGAGGAGGACGUCCGCCCGCCGACCGAGGACGUCCUCUCGCGCGGCACGCUGUGGCCCGAGGUCGAGAAGCUGUACGGCCACGGGUACGAGCUGUCCUGCCUGGCCGCCAGCCACGACCGGCGUCUCGUCGCGAGCGCCUGCCGCGCCAGCUCCGUCAACCACGCCGUCAUCCGGCUCUUCGAGACGGCGCCGCGCUGGACGGAGGUGCGCCCCCCGCUCGCCGCGCACUCGCUCACCGCCACACGGCUGCGCUUCGCCCCGGACGAUGCGCACCUCCUCAGCGUCGGCCGCGACCGCCAGUGGGCCGUCUUCCAACGGACGUCGGGCGAGACGCCCGGGUACGAGCUGCUGCAGGCGAACCCCAAGGGCCACGCCCGCAUGAUCCUCGACUGCGCCUGGGCGCCGCGUGGCACCGCGCCGCUGUUCGCGACCGCCGGCCGCGACAAGCAGAUCCGCCUGUGGCGCGGUGAGGCCACCAACGCGGAGGGAAAGCCGCUUACGUUUGCGCAGGCGGCGGCGCUGUCGAUCGGCGUGCCCGUCACGGCUGUCGACUUUUUGCCGCGCCGCGCCGCGGACGGGCGCUGCUUGCUCGCGUUCGGCACCGAGGACGGGCGCGUCGGCACGUAUCUGGUGUCUGCGGACGGCGCCAAGGCGGAGGAGCGGCCGUUGCCGACGGACAUGCACCUCCCCAAGGCGGUGGCGCAGCUCGCGUGGCGACCCUCGCAGGAGAAGGAGAGCGGCGGGACGGAUGUUGCUGAGCUUGCUGUGGCGGGAGAGGACUCGUCGCUGCGAGUGUAUGCGUUUAAGGAUGGGUUUUGGAAAACCACGUAA